GGGCAUGACGGGAAAACACGUGGAGAGAUGUGUGUUUUCAUGCAGCUGACCCUUUUGAAGUGAGAUUUCAUCACUGGUUUCAAGCAUUUAUUUACAUUAUACUUUUAAUGUAACCACAAAAGUCUGCGUUAUUUAACAGGUAACUUAGCAAGCACGAAAACAAAACCAGAGACAUGGCUUCAAAGAAGAGCCAGGACGGCGACGACCGUUUUCUCAAGGUGAAGAAGGACCCUCGCUUUUGGGAGAUGCCCGACAAGGAGCGCAAAAUCAAGAUUGAUAAGCGGUUCCAGUCUAUGUUCCACGACGACCGUUUCAAACUUAAAUACACAGUCGACAAGCGCGGCAGACCCGUCAACCACACCUCGUCCGAGGACCUGAAGAAGUUCUACAAGCUGUCAGACUCGGAUGUGUCCGACGCGGAGCUGGAGGAACAAGGAGGUAAGAAAAAGAAGAAGAAAAAGAAGGCACUCAAAGCGGAGUUGGAGGAGAUCCAAGACGAAGAGGAGGAAAAAGACGAGGAGAUAUCAAAGAAAGACAAGAAAACAACUUCAAAACCGAAAGACACCCCACUCAAGACAGUGCAGCCAAAAAGAGGGGUGAAGGUCUACGAGGAAGGUGAGGAAGAGGAGGCGCCAAGUGAUGAUGAAGAAGGAGACGAUGAGGACGACGACGAUGAUGAUGAUGAUAGUGUUGAUAUGGAGGAGGGUGUCUCAGAAGGUAGUGAGGAGGAAGUGGAGGGAGAAGAGGAUGACGAUGAAGAAGACGACGAUGAAGACGUAGGUACCGAGUCUGAGGAUGAGGAGAGCGAGAGUGACAGCGGCCCCGACUUGGCCAGAGGGAAAGGCAACGUGGAGACCAGCUCAGACGAGGACGAUGAGGACGAGGUGGAGGACAUGCUUCGUCGCGAGGCAGAUGAGAUUGUGCACGACUGGGGCGAGAUGUGGAAGGACGCUCCUCGUGCUGAUGAGAUGUCCCGGCGGCUGGCGGUGUGCAACAUGAACUGGGACCGGAUGAAGGCCAAAGACCUGCUGGCCCUCUUCAACUCCUUCAAACCUAAAGACGGCGUCAUCUUCUCUGUCAAGAUCUACCCGUCUGAGUUUGGGAAAGAGAGGCUGCAGGCUGAGCAGACCCAGGGCCCUAUGGAGCUCGCCGCUCUGCCUGACGACCUGGACGACAACGACACAGAAGAGAAGAGGCUGUACCGAGAGAAGAUCAGGGACUACCAGUUCAAGCGUCUGCGCUACUACUACGCCGUGGUGGAGUGUGACUCGGUGAAAACGGCGGCGAAGAUCUACGAGGAGUGUGACGGCUUCGAGUACGAGAGCAGUUGCUCCACCAUGGACCUGCGGUUUAUUCCAGAUGACAUGGCGUUUGAGGACGAGCCCACGGACUCCGCAGUGGACGUGGACCUGUCCAGCUACCAGCCCAAAGUCUUCAGCUCCACGGCCAGCACCACUGCUAAGGUGGAGCUGACGUGGGACGAGACGGACCAUGAUCGCGUCACGGCUUUCAGCAGGAACUUCAACAAAGACGAGCUGCUGGACAUGGACUUCAAGGCUUACCUGGCAUCCUCAAGCGAGGACGAGGAGGAAGAUGAAGAGGGGGAGGAGCAGGAGCAGAUCGAAGUCAUUCCAGAAGCUCCGAAGCCAGCGGUAGAGAUCAGUGAGCCGAAGCAGAAGAAGGAGAAGAAGAAGAAGAAGCCGAGUAAGGAGGACCAGAUCGCCAAGUACAGGGAGCUGCUGCAGGGCAUCCAGGACAAGGAGCGCAGUAAGGAGCGCGAGCGCGACAUGGAGAUGGAGAUCACCUGGGUGCCAGGUCUGAAGGAGAAGACGGAGAAGCUGGUGAAGAAGAAGAUGGAGGGGAAGGAGGAGCUGACGCCGUGGGAGGAGUUCCUGCAGAAGAAGAAGGACAAGAAGAGCGAGAAGAAGAAGAGAGCCAAACAGUCUGCCGAAGUGGCCAUCAGUGAUGACGAGCUUCCUGCUGACGUUGACUUCAAUGACCCCUUCUUCUCUGAGGAGCUCGGCAACACCGCCCUGAAGAGUAAAGCCAAGGGCAAGAAGAACAAGAGGGAGGUGGAGGAGAAAACGCCAGAAGAGAUGGAGGAGGCGGAGAGGCAGAAGGCUGAGAUGGCUCUGCUGAUGGAUGACGAUGAAGGCGAGCAGCACAAGCACUUCAACUACGACAAGAUCGUGGAGGAGCAGAACCUGAGCAAGAAGAAGAAGAAGAAGCUCCUGAAGAGCAACACACCCCUGGAGGAGGAUAACUUCCAGGUUGACCUGAAGGACCCUCGGUUCGACGCCAUGUUCACAUCUCACCUGUACAACCUGGACCCGUCAGACCCCGGCUUCAAGAAGACCAAAGCCUCGCAGAGCAUCGUGGCGGAGAAGCAGCGUCGCCGAGAGGAGAAGGAGCGGAGGCAGGAACAGGAAAUGGCUACCAAGAAACAGGAAGUGGACAGGGACGGGUCGACGUCGACGUCCAAGAGGAAAGAGGUGGACCCCAAUCUGUCUUUGCUUAUCAAGAACAUCAAGAACAAGACGGAACAGUUCCAGGCCCGCAAGAAGCAGAAGAUGUCUUAGAAGGUUCUGGAACAGCUCCAGGCCCGCAAAAAGCGGAUGUCGUCUUAGAACGUUCUGGAACAGUUCCAGGCCCGCAAGAAGCAGAAGAUGUCUUGAAACGUUCUGGUUUUGGAAGGUGGGAAACCACCUGCUUGAUUUGGGGGGUUACUGCUCUCAUUUCUUUGCAUCAUGUAACCUACGGACUGAUGCACGAUAUAACCGCAAAAGCAUCCCAUAAUUUACACACACACACGUGUGUGUAUCAUGACUUAUGAUAUCUGCUGCCUGGAACACCAUUUUAUUUUUGGAUUCGGGAUUAUCUAUAUAAACUUUUACUGUUUUGAGACUUAAGAUUUGUCUUCAUUCCAUCUAUCCAUCAUUAUUAUUAAAAGAGGAUUCAGAAAAGAAGUCACUUUCACAGAAACACUGUUAAACGUUUUUUAUUGUUCUAUUUUGAUACCAAUGCACACAUUCAUGAGUCUGUUGGCACUUGCACACAGGGAGAGAGAGUAAUGGCAGGUAUGUAUGACAGGCACGUCGAGCACUGGAAUCUCACAGGUGGUCUAACUGCCCUUAGAGCACCUACCACAGGCCAGUCAGAUUCAUAAACAAACAAACAAACAAACA